CUUAUGAUUCUGUCGUCAUUGCAUUCGCCACACGUUUACGUUCUUGAACUUGCACAACUUGACUUGAUCGCACUUGGUACGACGAUCAGUUACGAUCUAUCAACAGAGAGAGGUACCAGCGUGAAUCACGAGAAGACUCGAGGAGUUACGACUCACGCGAUCAACUAUUUUCCGAUUGUUAUUGCAUCGCGCCUGACGAGCGAGUAUUAUUUGUAGUUAGUUAGCUUCGUGGAAAGAAUUGAAACGAUUGAGGAGACCGAGAAGAAUAUCAACGGCUCGAGAAGAGACAGAUAAAUAUUAUUUACUACGAUCCUCCCGCGCUAACUCGAACACGAAGAUGAAGCUACUUGCGAUAGUUCCCACCUUUUUCUCUUGGUUAAUGAUUGUCGAUUGCGUGUUGACUACGAGAUUUUGUGGUCCAGAGACGGGAGACGAUUUUCAACGCGCGCAUGUCGGCCUGAUUAUAUCGCCUAUAAUGUCCAGUCGAAAGAUACGGGAGAUCGAGAUUUAUUGGAAUCACGCCAGGUAUCGACCGGGCGAUACGAUCGCUCUUUACACGGGCGAGCCCACGAGCGGCCUCGAGCCAAUUUAUACUCUAAUACCAAACGCACCGAGUGGUAUAAAGAGGACCGGAUUGCAGGCUACGUUUGUUCCCACCUCGAAUCUCACGUUCGUUCAGCAAUGCUUACAGUACCAUGUUGCUUGGCUGAGAAAUGACACGGUAAGAAUGACAAACUGUCUGCAAACACAGCCUCACUGGAUGUCAGAGAGGAGGGCUAUCUUAGGAUCACUGCCGAUGAGCAGGGUAUUCUUACCCGGUACUCACGAUUCUGCGUCUUACGAGAUAUACGUAGAAGCGAACUCUGAGAAUUUCGUCGAGAGAUAUGUGAUAACGCAGGAUGUAGACGUGCUCGCGCAAUUGAUCUACGGAGUUAGAUAUCUCGACAUCAGAGUCGGACAUUACCCCCAUACUAAUAUAGUAUGGUGGGUGAAUCAUGGAAUAUUCAGUAUUGUUCCUAUGCAGGCCAUCAUAAAUCAGGUGAAGACCUUCCUCGACAAGACGAACGAAAUCGUAAUAUUCGACAUCCAGGAAUUUCCAGUUGGCUUCGGAAAAAAUCUGGCGGUACAUCAUGACUUCGUUGCAUUUCUCGAAGAACAAUUUGCUGGGUACUACUUGCCGAAGAGUUACGGAUGGGCCAGUACGCUAAAUACGAUCUGGUCAUCCGGGAAAAAACUUAUUAUUGGUUAUGAUGAGAGACGAAUCGUCAAUCGCUAUGAAAGUAUAUGGCCUUGUGUGACACAUCAAUGGGGAAAUGUUAGGACUAUCGAAGACUUGUUCAACCAUUUGAAUCGCAUCGAAACGGAAAGUCUUGGUGAUCAAAAAUGCGUGUUCAUCGAGUACUGCCCGGGGGUUGUAUCCCUAAUGGAUCGAAACGCGCUUUCCUCUCACAGAUUACGACAAGCGGUAUGCGGGUACGAUCGAACACAUGUAAAAAUUUGCUGCAGCGUUAAUAGUUACAUCGAACGGCCAGUAUAUCCAGAUAGAAAUCUGGAUGUAUCCACGACGCAACUAUCUUCAAAUUUUCAGUGUGGAAGAAGUAUUGUUCGGAGUAACGUAAACAUUUUAGGAUCAUAUCCUUUUGUCGCAAGAAUCGGUUUCAUAAGCAAGUACUUUGCAUGUAUACGGAAAUACUUAUAUUAUACAGAAUGUCCCAGAACUACUGUUAGCAAAAAUUCGCUUUUAGAUACAUUAACGGGUGAGAUCAAAUAUUCGUGCAAUGGCGUGAUUGUUAAUGAGCGUACUGUAUUGACUACAGCUACAUGCGCACUCGCGAAAUCGGACAGAUACAAAUUAUGCUCUGUGCUUAUUGGUGAAUAUAAUACAGAGUCGAAUCCAGAUUGUAAUAAUUUGUUUUGCGGACACAAAACCAGUAGCCACGACAUAUCGUAUGUAGUAAAACAUCCGGGCUACAACGCCGCAAGUUAUUCCAACAACGUUGCCUUACUUCGCUUGAAGAAGGCUAUCGAAUUUACAGCCACAGCUCAACCAAUCUGCUUUAUACCGGAAGACAGAUACGUCAGCCUAGGAAGUACAUGCACUGUUGUCGGCUGGGGAAAAUUGUUAGGUCAAAAAGCGCAACCAUUGACGCAACAGUCAUUACAACUAGAACUCGUACCUAAGCAGCAGUGCUCGGACUAUAUAAGCCAAGCUCUAUCUGUAGAAUUAUGCGCCAAAGGAAACUGUGAACCUUGCUCAAGUUACAGCGGUAGUCCUCUGUUAUACAAAUAUGCGGACAUGUACUUCUUGGUUGGAAUCCUAUCAUUUGGGUCUAGUUGUGACUCAAGCACCAUUUUUCCAUCUGCAUUUGUAAAUGUACAGAGAUAUACAAAGUGGAUUUUAGAAAAUUCUUAAAGUUAG